AUGACGACUUUUGUGCAGAAGACUGCUCCUUACGGAUUUCAGAUGACAACUUCUCUUGAUAUCAAUUUGUUCUACUACGUUUUCAUGGGAAUGGUGAUCGUCUUCUGCACAAAUUCAAUCAAUAUUUACGCGGGAAUCGACGAAUUGGAGAUGUCCUCCGCUCCAUCACUGCUCCUCCUCAAGCCGGAUGUCGUCUCGCAUCCUUUUCUGCUCAGGAUUGUGUUCGAUGAAUUGCUCUCGUCGGGACUGCGGAUUCUCUCGAUUCGACCGCUUCGUUUGGAUCGAUCCCAGGCCGAGAACCUCUACCAAAUGCACCGAGGACGCUUCUACUAUGGCCGAUUGGUUAGACACAUUUCAAGUGGACCGGUUGUGGCUCUAAAAGUGAUCGGCGAUGCGAGAGCUGUCCUUGGAUCGAGUAAACUCUUCCCGUUGGCUCAUGAAAAAGAUUUCUCCCAAGUUGAACAUUCGCUGCGAGAAUUGUAUCGACGA